AUGGCACCACCACGCGUCCUGUGGAUCUAUCCAUCUCUUUCCCUCCUGUCUUCCCUGCUUCUUUUUCACGCGUUGUCGCCGUGCCGGGCCUUAAGGAAUUACCCGGAGAAUGAAGUUACGUUGCUGGACUCCAUGUCAGCUCUGGCCGACCUGGGCUGGGAGGCUUACCCUAAUGAGGGGUGGGAGGAGAUCAGUGUGAUGGAUGAGAGGAACACCCCGAUGAGGACCUACCAGGUGUGUAACGUCAUGGAGGCCAACCAGAACAACUGGCUGAGGACGCGCCACAUCAGCAGAGAAGGGGCGCAGCGCGUCUACAUUGAGAUCAAGUUCACCCUGAGGGACUGUAAUAGCCUGCCCGGGGUCCCUGGUACCUGCAAAGAGACAUUCAACAUGUACUACUAUGAGUCCAACAAUGCCAACCUGUGGUUCAUCAAGGAAAGCCAAUAUGUCAAGAUUGAUACUAUUGCUGCAGAUGAGAGCUUUACACAGGUGGACGUCGGUGACCGCGUCAUGAAGUUAAACACGGAGGUGCGUGACAUCAGCAACCUGAGUAAAAAGGGUUUUUACCUGGCCUUCCAGGACCUGGGCGCCUGUAUCGCUCUGGUCUCUGUCAGGGUCUUCUACAAGAAGUGCCCCCUCACUGUGCUCAACUUGGCCCAGUUCCCCGACACAAUAACAGGCGGAGACACUGCGCUGGUGGAGGUCCACGGUGUGUGUGUGAAUGCCUCCGAGGAGUUCGAGGCUCCCAAGAUGUACUGCAGUGCAGAUGGAGGUUGGCUGGUUCCCAUCGGGAGAUGUGUGUGCAAACCGGGCUUCGAGGAGAACAAGGACGUCUGCCAGCCAUGCAGACCUGGCACCUACAAAGCUUCGGCCACGGACGCCUACUGCACCAAAUGUCCUCCUCACAGCUCGUCCCCGCAGGAGCAAGCAGUCGAGUGCGUUUGUGAGAAGAGUUUCUACCGAGCUGAGACGGACCCGCGCUCAAUGGCCUGCACACGUCCUCCAUCUGCCCCAGAGAACCCCAUCUCCACAGUGAAUGAGACCUGCGUGACCUUGGAGUGGUCGCCACCCAGAGAAACGGGAGGCCGAGGAGACAUCACCUACAGCCUCCACUGCAGGAAGUGCUCCGGCGAUGGCAGGAAGUGCACACCAUGUGGUAGCAGCGUCCAUUUUGUCCCCCGGCAGUUUGGUCUGUCCUCAGCUACCGUGUUGGUCACUGACCUGCAGCCAGACUCCAACUACAGCUUCACUAUUGAGAGCCAGAAUGGAGUGUCAGACUUAAGCCCAACACCUAGAGGAACGGUGGUCAUCAAUGUCACCACGUCACAGACAGUGAGCGUAGUGUUGAAGGAGAGGCGGAGCAAGGACAGCGUGACUUUGGCCUGGCAGGGUCCGGAGAGACCCAACGGGGCGAUAGUGGAGUAUGAGGUCAUCUACUAUGAGAAGAACCAGCGGGAGCAGAACUACACAGUUUUGAAGACUCGCUCCAACAUGAUGACCGUGGAUGGGCUGAAACCAGGGACCACCUACGUGUUCAGGGUCAGGGCUCGAACCGACGGCGGCUAUGGGAGCUAUGGUGGAGAGAUCGAACUGGAAACCAGCCAUGAAGAUGUUUUGGCGAUCGGGGACCCUAACCAGUCCACCAUCCUGGCUGUGUCUAUCGCUGGGGGAAUCGUUCUCCUAAUCUUCCUGGUGACUUGCUUCAUUGUCAGCGGCAGGCACUGCGGAUACAUCAAAGCCAAGCAGGACCCCGAUGAAGAGAAGAUGCAGUUCCAGCAUGGCCGAGUUAAGCUCCCGGGCAGCAGGACCUACAUCCAUCCUCACACCUACGAAGAUCCCAACCAGGCUGUCAGGGACUUUGCCAAAGAGAUCGAUGCUUCCAAUAUUCGCAUAGAGAGAGUCAUUGGAGCUGGAGAGUUCGGGGAGGUGUGCAGUGGUCGGCUGCGUGUGCAGGGAAAGAGGGAGAUCUACGUGGCCAUCAAGAGUCUGAAGGCGGGAUACUCAGACAAACAGAGGAGGGACUUCCUGUCUGAGGCCUCCAUCAUGGGACAGUUUGACCAUCCGAACAUCAUCAGGCUGGAGGGUGUCGUCACGAGAUGCAAGCCAGUGAUGAUCAUAACGGAGUUCAUGGAAAACGGAUCUCUGGACACUUUCCUCAAGAAACACGAUGGCCAGUUCACGGUGAUCCAGCUGGUCGGCAUGCUGCGUGGCAUCGCCUCAGGUAUGAAGUACCUGUCAGACAUGAGCUACGUUCACAGAGACCUGGCAGCGCGGAACAUCCUGGUCAACAGCAACCUGGUGUGUAAGGUGUCGGACUUUGGCCUGAGUCGGGUUCUGGAGGACGACCCAGAGGCUGCCUACACUACAAGGGGAGGGAAGAUCCCCAUCAGAUGGACGGCUCCGGAGGCUAUAGCUUACAGGAAGUUCACCUCAGCCAGUGAUGUGUGGAGUUACGGUAUCGUCAUGUGGGAGGUGAUUUCAUAUGGAGAGCGACCCUACUGGGAGAUGUCCAACCAGGAUGUGAUCAAAGCAAUAGAUGAGGGCUACCGUCUUCCCGCUCCGAUGGACUGUCCUGUGGUGUUGCACCAGCUCAUGUUGGACUGCUGGGAGAAGGGACGCAGCGACAGGCCAAAGUUUGGACAGAUUGUCACAAUCCUGGACAAGCUCAUCAGAAACCCAGCCAGCCUCAGAGAGCUGGCCAACAGCUCAGUAUGCAGGGAGGACCCGUCCACCCCAGAGUUCAGUGUGAAUACAGUGGAUGAGUGGUUGGAGGCCAUCAAGAUGGGCCAGUAUAAGGAGAACUUUUCCAGUGCUGGAUAUGUCAGCUUGGACUCAAUCCUCUACAUCAGUGUCAGUGAAUUGGCUAAAAUGGGUGUGACUCUGGCGGGCCACCAGAAGAAGAUUCUGUCCAGCGCGCAGGGCCUGCAGACCCAGGGGACGCACGUCCAAGUAUAACAGUUUCCACAUAAACACACAGUGAGACAGAGCCAAAAUGGAUGCUCCUGUGAAGAGUUUCCCCCCCCUGACAUGGAGUUGUAAUGGAUACUCUGUGCUCGGGCCUCCAUUGACUUUGAGACACACUGAGAUGGAGACAACAUGGACGCUUGACUCCUUCACCUUCGCGCGCAGUUUCACCAUUCUUCCCAUCCUCGAUGGGCACAACCGGCUUUAGCACUCAGAGUCCCAGCAACACAACCACCAUUAUGGAGCAACGGAGAGACACAUGUCCAACAACAAGGCCACAUGUAGAGCAUCCCAGAUCAUUUCACAUCAUAUCAGCGCAACAAAAGAGGAAAAUAAAAAAAAAGAUUUUUAACAAAAGAAAUGACAAAAAAACAAAUUAGAAUAUAAUUAUCAUCACUGUCUGUGAGGUGUACAGUUGGUUUUUACUGUCAUUUUGUUUGUUUUGAGUUUUCACCUUGAAGAGUUUUAAAAGGGUCAGAAGAUAUGUAUAUGUGUAGAUAUAUGUUUAUAUGGGCUGUGUGUCCCACAACCGUAGAGAUGGACCUAACGUUUGUAUUGGUGGUGAGGUUUAUAUCGCUCAACCUUAAUAGGAGUUAUUAUCUAGUACGUGUAUGGCCCCUUCCAUUGCUCUGUGUAUACAGAAAGGCAAUGAAUGGGCCGAGAUUCUGAAUGACAUGAAUGUGUGGGGUGAGGGGAACAGAAAACCUGGACCUUUAGAGAUAGAGAGGGAUGUAGAUUUUUGCUAGCUCAUGUAGGAUGGAAGUAUGAUUCAUUUAAAUAGUGUAUUUGACCAGGACAAGGGCUUCCCUAGUGACUGCUCUCAGACACACUUCCAUAGCAACUAGACCCAGUGCACGUUUGCUUGUCUGCUUGCACUUAUGAUGUAACUGAGUGCAAAGUAACAGCAGAAACAGCUUAAGGUGGAGAUAGCACAGUGAAAAUUUUUACUCUUCCAUAACUGUCUAUUCCAAACAACAUUGCCUAUUCAGCUGUUAUAGUAUGAUGUUGUUGGGAAUAUUUCAGCCCAAGAAUUUGCCUUCCCAUGUUUCAGGUGUGUUAAGAAAUUUAUAGUGUUUUGUGUGAAGCAAAGGUGAUGCAAAGGUCAUGAUAGAAUUGACACUGUUAAGAACGUGUAACUUGUUUUUCCAGUGUUGUGCCAUGUACAGUACAGUAACUUUGAAAUGUUCAUCUGGGCAACAUACCACCAUUCCCUCUAUUCUCUUUCCUUUCAUCAGCUCUCAUGGCUGGAUGGUUACACAAGGCCAGUCACAAUAAUUACAGUGUUUUGUCCAAGUAGUUUGCCUGAUGAAAAGGAGCACUGGAAUGGAUUCUUUUUUUUUCAGCAAGAUGAAAUAUAUGCAGUGUUGAUUUCAGCUGUGCCACCGAGGGUUUAACUUAAAAAAAAAGAGGAUUUGUGUGUCGUGUACUAUCUCACUUUCUUGUUAUCUGUCAUGCCAACCUAUUUCAAGCAUCCCUAGUUUCAAACCAACACUUAUAAGGCUGAUUUACAACACAAUGUUUACAGAAAAAAGCAAAUAAAUUGGUUUGCUUGUUUUUCCUUGUCAGAAGGAAACAGCUGCUUAUCACAUUAAUUACAAGGUUAGAUAUGAUGGGACCCUCUUUGUGUGCACUGCAUUAAUGGCACUGAAUCUGCUUUUAGUGUAUUCCCAAACCCAGUUUUAAUAUAUGUGGUACUCUAUAGGACCAACAGUGGCAUAAAGUACAGUAUAUAUGAUUGUAUCAUAGUGUAAAAUAUGUACAGUGUUGAUUUCCAAUGUUAGAAUGUUUGUAAUGAUAACAAUGAUGAUGACUAUGAUGUACUUUUAUUGUGAAAAAGAGAUUUCUGAAGUACUCGUUCAGGGGCGGGUCGUAAGGGAGAAAAGUGAAGGGAGGUGAUUCGUUGGUAUGAACAAAGGAAUGUAGCAUGGCGCGAAGCUUCAGCUUUGAUUGACAGGUGACAGUGACUGCAGUUUCUACCAUAGUGUUAGAAUGAGUAGAAUGUACUUUCCUUAUUGAUACACUGGCUUAAUUUGCAUACCCAACUUAGACAGUAAUUACAUGCAUAUUUUAAGCAUGUCUCCGCAUUCAACAUAACUUUUGACAAUACUUGUUUAGGUAAGGAAGGGAGGGAAGGGGUGAGGUUGAAAUAAGUGAACUCUUCUAAUCAAAUUUCAACGCAAAUUGAAAAUUCUUUAAACACCCUCCCCCAAAACAGCAAUUGUCUAAUCCUAGCCAAGCAAUUGUACCUAGGAAUGGCAGACCUGUCAAGUUUUGCAUUUCUUCUCAUGUCCAAGUGGUGUGCAUGGACCUGUAGUAAGAGUAGGAGAAUUAAAGAGUUUGAACGCUAAUGUCAUUUUUUCCCCUUUGCAAAACCAAAAACACAAGAGUUAAAUUGUAAUAUUUAGAUUAAACAGUGUGUUUAUCUCUUCUAAUGCAAGCUACAAUUGUUAGCAUGUCUGGUUAAUUUGCCUACCUACAGUUGUAACCAAGCAGUACUUCCAAGGUCAAGGUCAGAAGUUUGUGGGGUUGCAGGUUAUGUAAAAAAGGAGGACGUCCGCUAUGUUGUAUUUCCUCGCUUAGUUGAAGCCAGUUCUGGAUGCUAUCAGUAGGGUUAGAAGCAAUGUCCUGAUUUUCUCUUGUGAAAAGAGAAACACACGGUUUAAAUAUAUGAUGAAGUAACUCUACACAGCAAUACAAGAGCAACACCAUUUCUAUGUGUUCUAUGUGAAUCAUCAAUUGGUGAGGAUGCAAGCUUUUUGCCUGGGACAUGCAGCUUUAGCCUUGGUCUUUUAGUACAACAUCAUGUGUGUAGCCAUCAAGUGCAUAUCUAAGACGCUUAUCGCAGUCAUGUAAAUACUUUUUUCCAACAUGAUAGGAUAGCCGGAGAUGGCAUUUUGAACCAAUUCGUGGAGCAAAUGAUAGCUUAAGUAGCUAGCUAGCUACAUCCGAUGAAAUGUAGUGGAAUUUUACUAGCAAUCAUUUUAGCUGGCAAAAUUAGCGGUCACCAGCUAUAAAUAAGAAAAAAUUGCUUUGUUAAAAUUGCUUUUAACUGUCUCCAUCUGAAAUCCAUUGUCUCAAAAAUUACGAAGAAUUUUGAUGGUAAAUCUGCCACACUUAUCACUGUGUUGUGCUAGAAUGUAAAGCUUGACAGGCCUAGCAACAGUAACCAAGGGGUGGGUCUUAGUAAACUGUCAGUUGGGGCGGAGCCAAAAUGAGAAGCAGAGUAAAAAUUUCCACCCCUGCUUAGCAGCACAAUGAGGUUUUUUACUUGUUAAAUGUUGUUGUUAAAUAUGUUUAAAUACAGAAGGCAUACAGAUACAUUUACAGCUAAAAGAACAUAAUAUAGAGAUUAAUUUCUCAUUGCCAAACCACUUUGCUGUUUUGUCAAAUAAGCCACAGGCAAAAAUACAAUUCAGACAGUCUGAUACUGUUCAUUCUACUCUUGCUAACUCUAUGAUUUCACUCUAGCGGACUACCCUUGACCGCUGGCCUUUUAGAUGCCUUAUUUACUGAGCUAUUGUUCUUUUCUGUUGCCCUAUAGAGGCGAUAUUAAGAGUAAAGUGUAUGUACAGGUAGUAUUUAUCUGUGUUCUUAAGAUGACCUCACAUCAACACCCUGGUUUUGUAACAUCUCAGAGACCCCCUCCAACUGCACCUUCACUUUCUACGCGGAAGAAAAUCAUUUUUUUCUGAAAUAUUACAUUAAACCUUGAAGCUUAUCACCAAUUAAGUUGAUGGAGAAAAUGACAAUAUUGUGCUUAUUUAUGAGUAAUAACAUAUUCAGUGAUGAAAACAAAAUGCAAAUAAUAGAUGUGAUUGGCUUAUAUUUUGAUAUAUUUGGUUGCAUUAUUGUGUUAAUGUGAAAAAUUCCUCAUUCAAAGUCAAGGUUAGAACAAGAUGAAGUAUCGCCCAAAAUAUAUCAGUAAAUAGUGACAAUGUUCUCCUUUUUUUUUUUUUCUUUUUCUUUUUUUAACAAGCUUGUUCAACACUCCCAUUUUUAGAAAUUUUAAGACUACAGAAGUUAUACGCACACUUUGGUUUCAACUCUCCAAAUCCCAAGUUUGUGCCACUAUUCACCCUAUCAAGGUUAGCUAUGUGGGUUGGUUUGCUUGUUCUGAAACAUGGCAUCUGUCCUCCAUUUCCCACCAGGUAUGUAUUGUAAAUGUUCAUGAGUGAUUCUCAUUUGAGAUGUUCAGCUCUCUGUCUCUUUCUCUCCUCCUCCCUCCCUCUCUCUCUCUCUCUCCCUCUCUCCCUCUCUUUCUUUGGCCACCGUACAGUGCUUAUUUGUCCCCAUGCCAGUUUCCUCUGCGUUGCUUGUUGUAAAGGGUGUAGGCAUUCUAAUGUCUUUCA